UUUCCAGUAAUGAGAACGAUUACUUGACCAAUAUCUAGCCAGUUUCUGCCGAAGUUGUGGAAAAACCUACAGUUUUUCAUAGCAAAGUUUUUCAACUCAAAACUUCUGUGGAGCUUUAGGACUGUGAGCAUAACCAACCAGAGCUGAUGAUCACUUUAUUCUAUAACUAGGUGACUGCUCUCCAACGACAAGAUGUAUUUUGCUGUGCUGGUGAUUCUCUUACACUGUCCAAGUCUAAAAGCUCAAGACGAUGUUUUUACCAUCAACAAAGUUGAACUCACUGGGCCAUCCCAGAAAGUGAAGAAUGGAAUGUCAAUUGAACUCACCUGUAUUGUGGAUGUUAGCAAAAGCACCAGCUUCCAGAUGCAGCACACUUUUUUAUUUUACAAGGAUGACAGUCUUCUGCAUAAUACCACGUCGGAGCAAAAUAGAACACGUUACAAAAUAUCACCAGCUCGAUUUGCAGAUUCGGGAAACUAUAAGUGCAUUGUGGAGGCAAACAUGAAGACUAAAAGCAGCAAUGAUUUGGUGGUUCGAAUUGAGGGGCUGUGCCAGCCAAAACUGACUGCCCUGAAAAGAGAAGUAACAGAGGGUGAAUUUGUGACUUUACGGUGUGAAGUACCAGAAGAAAAGCCUCCCUUCAUUUUCUUGUUCAAAAAAAUAUCAUCCAAUCAACAGUCACAAGAGAAAAGGAAGCAAGAAUUAAAAGAAAACUUUGCGUCUGUUGAAUUUCCUGUUGAAGAGAGGGAUCGAAUAUUGCGUUUUCAAUGUGUUGCCCAGGUUAUUUCAGUUGUCGGUUCUGAAACGUCAGAGGCCAGUAACAUGACAAUUGUUACAGUUGUGGAACCGUUUUCACAUCCUAAACUGACAUCCAAGUCCCCAUGGAAUGUUACAGAAGGAGACAGAAUUGACAUUGCGUGCGAAACGAUUCUAGCCCGUGCAUAUGAAAUUGAAAUCCUCAUCCAGAAAGACAAAAGGAUACUGAACAGUACACGAGGUCAGAAUUCUGUGACCUACUCUGCAGUAGCCACAGUGGAGCACAAUGGCAAUUACACAUGCAAAGUGGAACUGAGGAGUGUGUCCAAAACCACCAGCAUGAACAUUGUUGUGUCAGAGUUGUUUGCCAAGCCAAUAUUGACUCCGUCUUUGACUGACCUGGAUGAAAAUGAGAGCUUAAGCCUGUGGUGCCAUAUUAAUGGCUCCCCUAAAGCAAACUUCUCUAUCGUAAAGAGACCUCCGGAGAAUGGCAUCUUGUUGAAAACUUCCAGCAACUUCACUAUUCAAGCCCAGGUGAAUGACACCGGGUCCUAUGUUUGUAGGGCUGAGAUAAAAGGAAUCAUCAAGGAGAGUAACCCUGUACAGAUAACUGUUUACGCUCCAGUCUCAGAGCCAGUUCUUUCUGUUGCCAACUCAUCCAUGGAGAUGGUGUUAGGGGAGACCCUACUCCUACGCUGUCAAUCCAUGUUUGGAACUCCACCUAUAAACUAUACGCUCUUCAGAGGAAACAGACUUAUUGACACCAUCACAGUAUUUAAUAAUACAUAUGCUGAAUUCAGGGACAGACAAACUAAAUUAAAUAGUCUGAGAGAAUACAGAUGCGAAGCUAGCAACCGUCACUCCCAUGCGAACAAAAGUAGCUACAAGAUGAACAUCACGGUGAUAGCUCCCGUUAUGAACAUAAGCUUUGGAAGUUUUCCCCAUGGGGAAGUGGAAGAUGGUGGAGAUAUCAACUUUCUUUGCGUUGUAGGCGAAGGAUCUUUGCCAAUCAACUUCACAAUUUUUAAACAAAAUGAGCAGACACCUUUAUUUUAUGAAAGCAAAAUGGAAACCAGAGUCGUCUGGCAGAAGAAAUCAUUGAGCAAGCAGGACGCAGGGAAAUAUUUUUGCGAAGCCUCCAACCGAGCCCUGGUAACUAAGCGAAGCGACUUGCUAAUUGUUAAAGUCGUCCUCGCUUCAUGGCAGAAAGGGUUUAUCGCAUUAUUUGUCUUGGCUGUAAUUGCCAUAGCAGCUUCUGGUUUCUGGUGGUGCUGGCGUAAGAAGGAAAAGGGUAAACAUCCUUCCAUGGAGAUGUCUGGAUCCACAGCAGUCACUAAUUCGACUAGUGAGAAACUGCCAUCUGGACCAAACCAUUAUACAGAAUUCUAUCCUGGAUCAGGUUACAUUGAAGAUCAUGAAAAUCCUGUAAAACCAACAGAUGACAAUAAAGGACCUGACCAUGAGAGUGCUGAGGUGGAAUAUACUGAAGUUGAAGUGUCAACGCCUGAUCCUUACACAGCUCCUGAAAAGAAGGGGACUGAUACAGUAUAUAGUGAAAUCAGAAAAGCUAAUAAUGAUUCUGGGGAAAACAGACACUCUAGAAUAGAAGGUUCUCCUGAUGCCACUUAAAAGAUUCAUCGGAAACAUCAACUGCUGGGAGACAAAAACAAGAUUCGAGAUGAUGUGCCUGUUUCAAAAGCUCUAUGGCGCUUAUUUAUGAACCUGACAGCCUCCUCUCUUCAAUGUUCAUUUCCUCAGGGUGAGCAACAGGGACAUUCCUAAAGCAUGUCAUUUAAAAAAAUUACGAAUAAAGUUUUGAAUGGGAAAGUGCCUGUGGAACCCAAUGACAUGUCCCCCCCAAGGUUCAUUUCUCUCACUAAAAGAGUUUUGUUUCUCUAUCCUCCAUUUCAUCCUGCUCUGGGGAGGUGGGAGUAUAGAGUAAGAGUACAUUCUGGGCUUUUUAAAAACUUAAUAACUGUACAGCGAUUCAGAACUUUACCAUAUUAAAUAAUGCCUACAUUAUUAGAGACACAAAUAUUCCUUGUUCUUUGUUAAAUCACUUCUUGUAUCUAAAGAUUUCAUUGCUCAUUGAGCUGGUUGGCAUAUUGGUUCUCUCUCGAAAGAAUGACUGCACAUCACAGUCCAGAUUAGACAAAAUAUAGGUCACAGAUGUUGGGUCCCAUGUCAUCAGAUUUGGACCUGCUAAACUCUUAUCCAAAUCCCAUCCCCAAAUUUUAAUGAAGUUCAGAAGCUUAUCUGAGUCCAGAUUAUAACCUCAUACCUGUCCCUACUUUAUAUGCCAAGCCAACACCUUGAUUCCAUGCUUUUGAAGAUUGGCACCACAUCCCCAGAUCCCACCGAGGUGGCUGUUCCCUGUUUCAAUAAUGGGCUCAAACAAAGCUCUGGAUCUAAAUACUCCAUAACUUUGGAGAGGUUUGGAUCCAGAUCAGAACUUUGCAGUUCAUGCUAAUCUCAGGUUUAUUGAUGCAAAGAAAAUACAAACAAACAAAAACCCCAAACAGAGAUUUUCUUUUUCAGAUUUUUCUUUUCCAAUCCUGCAAUCUGUUCCCAUGUAUCACUGCAGAUUCAAUUGCAGGAUCAGGGACAUAGAUAAGAAGGCUCUUGUAUUAAAUGACAAAUAGCAUUUAAAAUAAUUAAAUCAACAAGGAUCUAAGUCAUUCUUACAGAGAGAUGACAUAUGGAUUCAUAUAUAUAUAUAUAUAUUUACUGCUUUAAACUCUUUAUCAAAGGCUCUGGAACAGAAAAGAUCUAUAUCUCAUUUGAAAGCAAAAGAUUUCUCUCCCCCCCAGCUUAAACUGUUCCAUUUCUUACUAAUAUCUUUUUAAUUUAUUUUUCCCUAGAAAAAGGUUGCUUGUAUCAUAAAACAUUUAAACCUUUCACAAACAACAACGGGCUUUGUAGCACAUCUCUGUUGGCAAAUAUACAUUCAAGCAUCCCACAAACCCUCCCACCCCCCAAAAAACUCCUCAAAUGUUAUUACAGUGAAUUUGGAAAAGAUAUUUUAAUAAAG